UCGAUUGUUCCGUGGAAGCAAAAUCGUAUAAAUAGUGAACUAACUUAAUUCUAUCUAAACAGAAAACAGUUUUAUAAAGUUAAUAUUAUUCGGUAUCGAUUACAAAUUAUGAACAAAAUAUAAGUUAUUGCGUGCCAUAGCUGCUGCGACUAUUAAUUUCAAGCACUGUAAGGUGCACCAUAGUCGUCAUGGCGAAUGACAAGCUGAGCAUAAAACACCUUCUAUUUACUAAGGCUUUACCAAAUUAUAUACCAAAUGUUACUGGACAUAAGACAUAUUUAUGUACAGAUUGUGGGGAUAAAUUUAUAUUCGAAUCAAGCCUCAACACGCAUGUUAAUCGAAAGUCAAUGAAAAUAACAUAUAUGUGCAGACAUUGUAGCCAGUUAAAAAUUUUUUUCAAUAGAUGCAAGCUACUAUCUCACAUAAGAUCACAUUCUUUUAAGACUGCAACUAUCAAUGUCAGUGAUCUCAAUGUGGAGCCUUUGCCGUUGGAGCAUUACACUAUACCCCCAGCAAUCACUGGGCAAGAAAAUGAAAAAAGUAAAGUUCCUGAGAAUACGUCUACUACUUCAACAAAUUUCUGCCCAGAUUGUAAGAAACAAAUAAACGUAACCGGUAUAUUUUAUCAAGACAGAGCAAAUCAUUACAUGAAACUAUCAGAUGAUAUGACAUGUUACUCUUGUCCUGUGUGUCUUUAUUCCCUACCGACUACAUGUGCCCUUCAAGCUCAUUUGCGUAUUCAUUUGGGCAAACCACCAUAUAUUUGCCCAGAAUGUGGGGUGACCUUACCACAAAAAGGUACUAUAUAUCCAUUCAAUCAUGACUGUGAGGGAUUUAAGACAAUGAGAGUAACUACUCGACUGAAAUGUUUGAAAAAGAAUUGUAAAAUUUUUCACCCUAAUGAAUAUAGAGAUCAUAUGAAGAAACAUAUUAAAAAGAUGUUUAGAUGUAAAUCAUGUCCCAGCAUCUGGUGCAAUGAACAAGAAAAAGAAAAACAUUUGAAUUGCAAAGGCCAAGAAUAUAUUGAAUGUUACAAGUGUCCCAUCUGCCCUAAUAAAUUUGUAUCUGGAGCAAAAUUAGACAGACAUUUAUCUGGUCAUUUCAACAGUAAUAUGAAUAUUAUACUAGAAUCUCAAGUUUAUCCCUGCAGGCUGUGCUCCAACGUCUUUGAUCAAGUUAAAGGUUUGUUAACACAUCAUAUAAACGAACAUGGGGCAUCAAAAACCUUAAUUGGAAACUUGCUAUUAACAAGCACAAUACAAAACAAAGAAAUGUGUGUUGUUGUUAAAAGAUGCGAAAAAUGUCAUAGAAACUUUAAAUAUAGAUGCCCAUUUGACCAAAUCAAAACACUUCCAAAUGAAUGCCCAUUUAGAUGUUCUUCGGUUAAAGUAAAAUGCUUUGUAUGUAAAAUUGCCAUCAAUGAGCAGUGGGAAAAUAUAAAAAGACACGUCAAAGCUCUUCAUAAAGAACACAAGUGUGUAGAUGUUACAGUAAAUUUAAAACGGCUAAAACCCGAUACAAUCAAGCGAUACAGAAAUCCAGCAAAGAAGUUUAAAAGUGCUUUUUUAAAUAAUUCAGCGCCGAAAGUAGUUGACAACCCUACUGAAGAGAUUUUCAAAUGUAACAUGUGUGAACAGAAUUUUGUAAGCAAAAAUGAAUUGGAAUUGCAUAUAGUGAGUCACAGGGACCUUGGUAUGGCUUACCAGUGCCUGGAAUGUGGACAGAGCUUUGCAGUUAAGCCAUCUUUUUCUACACAUUUGAAGAUGAUACACAAAAUUUCUGAUGUCGAUAUUUAUAUUUCUAAAAAACAAUGCUUUAAUGAAAUGGCUUUCAGCAAAAGUCAAAAGAAUGAUAACCCUGUAAACAAUGAACCAGUACAAGAAAAUCAAUGUAAAAUAUGUCGGGAACAAUUUGGUGAUAAUAUUGCAUUAGAAAAACAUUUUAGAGUUCAUGGGAUGGCUUUCUUAAAAGAAAAUAUUAAUAAAAGCCCAAAUUAACUCACACUGGAACUGAA